GAAAUUUAACUUUUGAGUAGAAAUGUGAAUGCUGACGCAUGCGCAGAGGACGCUUAGAAAAAGAGGGGUGGCCUCUCGCAUCAUGUUAUUUCUAUCACGUUUUCCGCUUACGGACGUUAUAUGGCAGGUAUGGCAGUGCCCAUUCCAGUUGAUUCCAGUUAGAGUAUAGUUCAAUGAUGUCAGCACAGUAUAUUAUAUUGUAAGUUAGCGGCUGUCUCCGCUAACCUCCUCUGUUAGUUCAAGCGUCCACCGCUAGGGGCGCUAGUGCAGCGCCAUAUUGCAACGUCAUACUGAUACUGUGUAGGUAUUGGCUCAGCGUCAGCCUGAGCCCCGGAUUGGCUGCGACGGGCGAUUACCGCGCACCCGUGCUUUCGAGAGGGAACUCGUGCGGGCAAGCAAGCGUGCGUGUGUGUAACGGACUCGUGUCUCUUAGUCGCCGUUCGCGUGUACAGUCGGGCCUGUCCGACAUCUUGCGUAUCAAUGUAACGCGCCUUCUGAUAUUAAACCGUUGUGUUAACGUUAAACGUGUCUCUUGGCUCAUUCCACACCUCGCGGUGAUGCCCAGUGUUUCCGCCUUCCUCCCUCCCCUCUUGAUCCAGGCAUAGCCUCUGAAGUGUCGUCCAGACUUUCCUCUUCCAGGCGCCUCGUUCAAAUCCUCCUGACAACCCUACAAAAGCAACAUAUAAUGGAGGAGAAAAGAGAAGUACCAUUUACACUAAGACAACUUUUAGCAGUUGAUGCUUAUUUAACUAAUGCUUUCGUUAACUGGGCAGAGCAAGUUUUAUUUUUAAGACAAUUGAAAACAUAUCACAAAGUUUUAGACAUAUCAUGUCAUAACUUAAUAUGGCUGAUAACUAAUCUCAUGCUUAUCUGGGUUUUGAACAAUUCAAAUUUAUAUCAAAUACAAGUUAAUCUUAUAAUAGGUUUGACGCUCACCAUUAUUUUAGUUGCUUUUCUAAAAGCAGCAACAAGAAGGAGACGGCCUAUAACGACCAGUGACAGUUUUGCUCUUGAAAAAGAUUCCUUUCCAUCUGGCCAUUCAACAAACGCAGCAUUUAUUACAUAUUUUUUUCUUUAUCUAUGGCCUGUAUCUUUCAUAUGCAUACCAUUCUUGUUAGCAUGGUCCUUUUCAGUAUGCAUGUCCAGACUUUUGACGAGAAAACAUUAUAUAGCUGAUGUUUUGGCAGGAAUAGCUCUUGGUAUGUUGCAAGGUUUGCUACAAGGAUACAUAUAUCUAGAGCAAGACACUUGCACCAGGUUAGUUUGGUGGAUUACAGAUGAAAAAAUAUCUGGAGCCGAAUAUGAUGUUUGAUUAUAUUGUUCUAUGCAAGAAAAUAAUCUACUUUGUUUCUUUUUUUAUUGAUAUCUCGAUUAAGUAUGUACAAUUAUACGAAUGCUAAAUUAGAUAAUUGGUAUUUUCAUCAAAAUAUUUUUAAGUGAUACACAAUUAUGUAUACAUAAUAUAGAUUAAAUAAUGCCUAAAAGCAAGUGAUAAACACGAAAAAGUAAAAGUUGAUGUAUAAAAGGAAGUUGCUAUAAAUAUUUUUAUAAUAUAGCAAAAUUGUUUUUUAAAAUAAAUAUUUUGUAACUA